AUGAAAAUAAUGUCUUUUAAUAUAAACGGAUUAAGAGCGUUUGAAUCAAAAUGUGGAGGAGAUAUUAAUGCAUGGUUUAAUAAGAUGAAUUGUGAUAUUUAUUGUUUACAGGAACUAAAAGGAUCUAAAGUACCAUUUGAAAAGUAUAAAUUCUUAAAAGACUAUUAUUCAUUACUAAGUUUUCAUGACAUUAAAGGUAAACAUGGAGUAGGAACUUUUUUAAAGAAGAAAACAACAUUUUGUAGUAAAUCAGUUGAAAUUGUUAAGGGUCGUAUAUUAAAAAGUUAUCACGGAAAUUUUAUAUUAUAUAACUGUUACAUGCCAUAUUAUAACGGUAAUAAAGACAUGUUAGUUGAUGAUUAUAAAGAAAAUGAAGAAUUUGAAGAUAAAAUUAAGUCAGUUUACCAGUCUUUAGAAAAAGAUUUUAUUAAACAUUGUGAUGAAAAAGUUAUUAUUUUAGGAGAUUUAAACGCUGCGUAUCAACUAAAAGAUAUUUUUCUUUACCAGCAAGAAUAUAAAAAAAUACUAACACAAGGAGAAAAAAUUUCUUAUUCAAUACCAUUAGAAAGUAAUUUAAUAACAAAGAUUAAUCCCAGUGUGUUAGAAUUACCUUAUGAAUUUAAAAACUUUAAAUCACUUUUAGAAUAUUUUUUUAUUGUUUGGCAAAGAAAGUGGUUAAAAAAUUUUAUAGAAAAGUAUAAUUUAAUUGAUUCUUUUAGAAUGUUUGAUCAAAGAACUAAUAUUUAUACCUGUUGGAAUAUUGAAAAGAGAUUGAGACCUAAAAAUCUUGGAAGUAGAAUUGAUUUAAUUUUGUGUAACUUUAAGGAAGUUAAUUAUUCAUCAAUUUUAAAUAGAAUUAUUGGAAGUGAUCAUUGCCCAGUAGUUACUGAUUUUUUAGUUGAAAAGUAUGAAGAUAAUAAAAAUAAUUUAGUUAAUAAAGAAAAGAAUACGCUAGUAAACUAUCUAAGAAAGAAAUAA